AAAUUGCUUGUGAGCAGCUUUGGGUGGGGUUGUAUUGAGAGAUAAAGGGAAUUAGGUGAGGCAAUGGGAGCUCUCUGGAUUAUCCUAAUCCAGUGCACUCGCCUCAGCCAUCAGUGCUAGUCCUGCAUUCAAGCGUGGGACAACCAUGAAGAUCAAUGCGAGAUGUGUGGCUCUGUUGGCCAUCCUGCUCUUAACCCAAGUCUUAAUUGGAGUUAACACUCAGGAGGAGGAAGAGCAAGAGGAAGAGCAAGAACCAGAGCAAGAGGAGCAAGAAGUGCAAGAUGUGGAAGAUGUGGAAGAUGUGGAAGAGGAGUCCAUCGAGACGUGGACAGGGAGGGCCUGCACAUGCGACUGUGAAGGCGGUUCCCCGUCCGGGAUCCCCACCUUUACGGUGCCUACGCCCAUAACCUCCGUGGCUCCACCCCUACCCUCCAGCCGCUUCAUGAAAUGCAUGCCAGAGUGUCCCUACCACCAAGCCCUUGGCUUUGAGUCCGGUGCCGUGACCUCCGAUCAGAUCAGCUGCAAUAAAAACGAGCUGUACAUUGGCUGGUUCUCCUCAUGGACCGCCGACAAGGCUCGCCUUAACGGCCAAGGCUAUGGGUGUGCAUGGCUUUCUAAAUUCCAGGACAUCAACCAAUGGCUUCAAAUCGACCUAAAGAUGGAGGGUGUGGUUUCUGGCAUCCUGACCCAGGGCCGCUGUGAUGCGGACGAGUGGAUAACCAAAUACAGCGUCCAGUACCGCACAGAUGAGAACCUCAACUGGGUGUACUACAAGGACACGACAGGAAACAACAGGGUGUUCUAUGGGAACUCAGACAGGACCUCGACGGUGCAGAAUUUAUUGCGCCCGCCGAUCAUUGCGCGCUACAUCCGCCUGCUACCCCUGGGCUGGCACACGCGCAUCGCCAUCCGUAUGGAGCUUCUCAUGUGCCUGAACAAGUGCACCUGAGCUUCUGGAACCUUCUGCGGCCCCGGCCAACCAGACCUGAUAUCCCCACUCUCCCCAUUUUACUUGACCUGGUAAAUAAACCCUCAGAAAAGGUAGUCCUAACAGCUAACCAUGUCCCUUUGUGUGUGUGUCCCCACCUCUACACAACUUCUCACUUUAAUGGUAUGUUACAUUAAAACAUGCGGCCAAUGGUGACGACGCACAAGAGCUUUCACUUGAUAGGAUGAGGGGUGAAGGAAGAGUUCAAAUUCAGUUAGAAGAAUAUGUAAUGUUUUAUGUCUUGACCAUGUGCACUUUCUGGAUUAAACACUGGUGAGGGGAUACAGUGCUGAAUAGUAGGGGGGACGAGGUACAGUUAUAACCCGGGGACAGCUGUAACUUGCUUAUUUUCUCAGCUUGUGUCUAACGUAAUGCGAUGAAACUCGCCGACAACCUGAGUAAUGGCAUCAGCAUGCUACUUCAACAAUUUCAUCUUGUGUCUCCAUUUAUGGCAAGUCGUCUUGUAGGGCAAAUUUGUAACUUUUAAGAUUUUGACUGCACAAUUGAUGCAUUUCGACAGGAACACGAGUAGCCUAACAGCUGGUUGUAACCAGUUAUUUCCAAACUAGCUGCCAGUUUAAUUAUUAGAUGCAUACAAUGUGUUACUCAUGUCCACCACUAUUUUGGUUUGAAUAAUUGAAUAAUAAAACAUGGCUGUUACAGUAAAUGUACCCCUUCAUAUUGGCAUGUUAUUGUCUUUGGCCACUGUUACAACUGUCCCCAACACGUUACAACUGUCUGUCUUAGAGAAGAAGUAAGACACAUGUGCAUGUACCUGGUCUCCCUUACAUUCACGUGCUGUUAGUCUAAUGAACUAAGCCAAGUGAAGGUUAGGAUGGCUAUACUUUAGCUUAACGUGUCUUGUUCUCUGUGUAUGCUCUGUAUGUGUUAUCAAGUGUGUCUGUGAUGUGUGGUGCUACCUGUACUGUGUAUGGUGGUGUUUGUUAUUUCUCUUGUGAUGUAUGGUGAUAAAAUAGAGCAAAACCUCUUCUGUUUUCCUGCAAAGUGGCGGUGUCUAUUUUAUACAUUUCUGUGAGAGUAAGUGAUGAUAAUUCAAGGGCAGUCAUGUCCUUCAAUAAACCAAAAUUGCACUUGA